AGGGCCUUAACAAAUCCCGGAAGUACUGGAAUUCAAAGAAUGUAAGUUGCUCAUCGGUACUGCCUCUGGGAAGUUAAGAUCACUCUUUUAUAGCCUCGGAUAUCUAGACGGGUGGUGCUGACAAUGUCUCAGGUGGAUAAACUUAAGGAGGGUUUGUCCCAUUCACAGCAAGGGCAGUUUACCAAUCCAGAGACACCUGGAUAUGUUGGGUUUGCGAAUCUGCCCAACCAAGUCCAUCGAAAAUCAGUGAAAAAAGGCUUUGAGUUUACCCUUAUGGUUGUUGGGGAGUCUGGCCUUGGGAAAUCAACCUUGAUCAACAGUCUGUUCCUCACUGAUCUCUACCCUGAGAGGAUCAUUCCUGGAGCAGCAGAAAAGAUUGAGCGCACGGUGCAGAUCGAAGCCUCCACGGUUGAGAUUGAGGAGCGCGGCGUGAAGCUCCGUCUAACUGUAGUGGACACACCUGGCUAUGGAGACGCCAUAAACAGCCAAGACUGUUUCAGUACCAUUAUUUCCUACAUUGAUGACCAGUUUGAGCGUUACCUGCAUGAUGAAAGUGGCCUUAACCGCAGACACAUUGUUGACAACCGCGUCCACUGCUGCUUCUACUUCAUCUCGCCUUUGGGACAUGGGCUGAAGCCUCUUGAUGUUCAGUUCAUGAAGGCCAUCCACAAUAAAGUGAACGUUGUGCCAGUGAUCGCCAAGGCUGAUACCCUCACCCUGAGAGAGAGAGAGAGGCUGAAGCGGAGGGUUCUUGAUGAGAUUGAUGAACAUGGCAUCAAAAUCUACCACCUGCCUGAUGCGGAAUCUGAUGAAGAUGAGGACUUCAAAGAACAGACCCGAAUUCUAAAGGCCAGCAUUCCUUUCGCUGUGGUGGGGUCCAACCAGCAGAUUGAGGCCAAAGGAAAGAAAGUGCGCGGACGGUUGUACCCCUGGGGUGUGGUGGAGGUGGAGAACCCGGAGCAUAAUGACUUCCUCAAGCUGCGCACUAUGCUCAUCACUCAUAUGCAGGAUCUCCAGGAGGUGACUCAGGACCUGCACUAUGAGAACUUCCGCUCUGAACGUCUGAAACGUGGUGGCAGGUUGUCUUCCCAUGGUUAUGUUCUUCCUCUCUCGCCUGUUAGGGGCCCGGAACCAGAGGAGAUGGACAAGGAUAUCAUCCUGCAGGAGAAGGAGGCUGAGCUCCGACGCAUGCAGGACAUGAUCGCUAAGAUGCAGGCGCAGAUGCAGAAGCAGGGGGAUGGAGAUGGAGAUGGCCUGCAUGCUUGAAGGACUUGACCAGUUAAAGGUGCAUAGCUGCCAUUUCAGAUGGGUCGGAAGGAAAGACUGCGACAGUGCAGACAAGGUGCAUUGUCAUGGUUUUAUUUUAAGCAACUCCUUUGUAGGAAUUUUUGUAUUUUCAAAUUCUUUUUUUUUUUGUAAGCAGUAUUACAUUUUAUAUUAUGCAGACACUGUUAUAUUACAUUUGAACAUAUAUUUGACUAUAAAUAUAAUCCAAAUGAAGAAUUAUGCUUAUCUUUUCUUUCUUAGUUUGUGUUUUCCAUGUUGCUGCUAAGAGCCAAAUAUUUUUCAGUGUGCACAUCUUUUGCAGCAUUUAGGUUUUCAUGACCAUUGACAUUUUUAAUUAUAUUCUUAUUCCCAAAUACCAUCACCUUGUCUCUCACUGAACUGUUUGUGUGUGGCCAAAUGAAUUUUGGACAGUUAUUAAAAGGCGGCAGUUUGUAAUAGUUGAAAUAUUUUAAAUGAGGCGGUAUGGAAUAAUAAUUGGAUAAUAAUGGACAUGACGCAUCGUCUGGAUGUUAACCUUGAAUAUGUGCCUCUGUGAAUACCCGUCUUUUGUCUGCCUGAUAGAGCUAUAUGGUUGUUUCAGACUGUGAAAUGUCAAUUUGCAUUUGAAGCAGUUGGUGUCAAUUACAUGCCAAAACUAC